CCCUCUCCCCCACCUCCUUUGUGAUUACUUUGUUUCUCGAGCAGGAAGUACCCCUCCCGACUCAUGAUUCAUUUCUUUCUUUUUUCAUAUUAAUCUCAUUCUGAGCACAUCCAGGUUAUCUUUUUAAAGCUUGCCCCAUGUAUCACUUUCCUCCCCUGGCUCGCGCUCAUUGGGAGAAAACAAGCUGCUCAAGCAGCCCCUGGACCGCACCUGGACCUUGACAGCAGCUAACUUGUUUCCUAAAUUAACGCCUGGUUCUCCCCAAGGGAUUACAUCGGGCAUGCAUUCUCUUGAGAUGAUAUCAAGUCUUUUCGGUAAAGCUGUUCCUUCUCACAGGAUUUUGCCAAGUGUGUAGAGUACACUUUGCAAUCACAGAUUUUUUAGCUGAAAGGGGCGGUACAGAACAAUCCAGUGCAUCCCCCUUGUUUUACAGAUGAGGACACCGGCCUAAAGGGCAAGCGUGCCGCUUGAUUGAGGUCCUGCACCUCUUGAAGCCACAAUGGACACAGCUAGCCAUAGCCUUGUCCUUCUGCAGCAGCUGAACAUGCAACGAGAAUUUGGUUUUCUGUGUGAUUGCACAGUUGCUAUUGGAGACGUUUACUUCAAAGCCCACAGAGCAGUGCUUGCUGCUUUUUCUAACUAUUUCAAGAUGAUAUUUAUUCACCAAACAAGUGAAUGCAUAAAAAUACAACCAACUGACAUCCAGCCUGACAUAUUCAGCUAUUUGUUGCACAUUAUGUACACGGGGAAAGGACCAAAACAGAUUGUGGAUCAUAGUCGUUUGGAGGAAGGGAUUCGCUUUCUUCAUGCCGACUACCUUUCUCACAUUGCAACUGAAAUGAAUCAAGUGUUCUCACCAGAGACUGUGCAGUCCUCAAAUUUGUAUGGCAUUCAAAUCUCAACCACCCAAAAAACAGCUGUCAAAGAAGGGCUGGAGGUCAAAGAAACGCCUUCCAGUAACAAUGGAAACAGAGCUGCUGUCCAGGGUGACCACCCCCAGUUGCAGCUUUCUCUUGCUAUUGGGCUGGAUGAUGGCACUGACCAGCAGAAGGUCCAUCCUGCAGCCCAGGCCUUGGAGGAACACCAGAAGCCUCCAGUGUCCAUCAAGCAGGAGAGAUGUGACUCAGAAUCUGUGAUCUCCCAGAGCCACUCCUCAUCCUCAUCCGAGAUGACAGGCCCCACGUUCACCGAAAGUAGCAUCAAAAUUCACUUAUGCCACUACUGUGGAGAACGUUUUGAUUCUCGUGGUAACCUAAGACAACAUCUCCAUACCCAUGUGUCUGGAUCUCUCCCAUUUGGCGUCCCUGCUUCCAUUCUGGAAAGUAAUGACCUUGGUGAAGUGCACCCACUUAAUGAAAAUAGCGAAGCUUUUGAAUGCCGCAGGCUCAGCUCCUUCAUUGUCAAGGAAAAUGAGCAACAGCCUGACCACUCAAACCGGGGUACCACAGAGCCUUUGCAGAUCAGUCAAGUGUCUUUGAUCUCCAAAGACACAGAGCCAGUAGAAUUAAAUUGUAAUUUUUCUUUUUCAAGGAAAAGAAAAAUCAGUUGUACCAUCUGUGGUCAUAAAUUUCUCCGAAAGAGCCAAUUGCUGGAACACAUGUAUACACACAAAGGUAAAUCUUACAGAUAUAACCGAUGCCAAAGGUUUGGUAACGCAUUAACCCAGAGAUUUCAGCCAUAUUGUGAAAGCUGGUCUGAUGUCCCCCUGAAAAGUUCUCGCUUGUCGCAAGAACAAUUAGACUCAUCUUGUGCCUUAGAGUCAGAGCUCACACAAGAAAAUGUGGACACUAUCCUAGUUGAGUAGCAGUUUCUUCAGAAUUUUUAUAUCAGUUCUGACAAUUCACAUGCAUUUUUUUAUUCAUAAAUUAUUUUCCUCCUCAA